AUGACGGAUCACCAAGUCCGCCAAAGACAUGGCAUACAGAUUACGGAACCUCCAACUUUUCCAAAUGUGCAAAUCUUAGACGACAAGAAAAAUAUAGCACAAUUUACAAAAAGAGAUGGAAAAAAAAAGAAAAUUGUUUCGAAUAGUGCUUUGGCAAUUCUCACAAUCAUGUCAAUCAUAACCCGUUUUUGGAAGAUAGACCACCCACAUCAAGUCGUCUUUGACGAAGUUCAUUUUGGUAAAUUUGCAAGCUAUUAUAUAAAACGAAGUUACUUUUUUGAUGUCCACCCUCCUCUUGCGAAACUCAUGCUUGCGGCAACCGGCUGGUUAUUGGGUUAUGACGGUCAUUUUGAAUUUGAUACUAUUGGAGACGAUUAUAUAACAAAUAAUGUUCCCUAUAUUGGACUUAGAUCGUUGCCCGCCAUGUUGGGUGCACUCCUUGUUCCUCUAACAUACAUGAUAAUGAUGGAAUCUGGGUAUCCAGUAAUAACUGCGAUUCUAGCUGCUGGCUUAGUGUUGUUUGAAUUUUCGAAUGAAUGGUGGUUUUGGUUGAUCGCAUCCGGUAUCACUCUUGGUUUAACAUUAAGCGUAAAAUUGGUCGGUUUGUUUUCCGUUCUCACCAUCGGAGCUGCGGUUAUAACCGACUUGUGGAAUCUGUUGGAUAUAAAACGUGGACUAACAAUGGAACAUUUCAAAAAGCAUUUCUAUGCACGUGUUUUUGGUUUAAUAAUUGUGCCAAUUUCGGUCUAUUUGUUUUGGUUUUACGUUCAUUUUUCCAUAUUGACCAUAAGUGGUCCUGGCGAUUCAUUUAUGAGUCCAGCGUUCCAAGAGACACUACAAGGAAAUGUAAUGACACUUGAAAGCCUUGAAAUAAGAUUUAAUGAUACGAUUACUUUAAAGCAUAAAGGUACUUCGGUCUUUUUACAUUCUCAUCCUGAUCUCUAUCCCCUUCGAUAUCCCGAUGGGCGUAUUAGUAGUCAAGGACAACAAGUUACUGGUUAUAAGUUCGAAGAUGCCAAUAAUUAUUGGCGAAUUAAACCUGCAAAAAUUUUUAUGGAUUCAUCAAGACCGGUGGAUGAUUUUGUAAAACAUGGCGAUUAUAUAUUACUUGAACACAUUAAUACCGGGUCGCAUCUCCUCACUCAUGAUGUAGCCUCGCCCACGAUGCCAACCAACCAAGAAUUUACAACCAUAUCAGUGGAUGAUGAAUCCCGUUAUAAUGAGACCGUUUUUCAGGUUUUAAUAGAUGAUGGCGAUUCAGACACAAUAUGGAAAACCAAGGCUAGUUAUAUACGAUUAGUUCAUUUUGAUACAAAAGUAGCGAUGUGGACGCAUGAUAAAUUGCUACCAGAGUGGGCCUUCAAACAACAAGAAAUCAAUGGAAACAAAAAUAAUCUUGAUAAGAGCAACAUUUGGUUCGCGGAUCAAAUUGUUGGAAAGAAUGUAACAAAGCCAUCGGUUCCUGAAGUUCCUGAACCACCAAAAAGACGUAUUUCAUUUUUGGCAAAAUUUCUUGAACUGCAAAAUCUUAUGCUCAGUCAUAAUUCAGGGUUGACGAAGCCACAUCCUUAUUCCUCCGGACCGAUAAAUUGGCCAUUUUUAGUACGCGGUAUUUCUUUUUGGACUAAAAAUGAUGAAAGACAACAAAUAUAUUUGUUAGGUAAUCCUUUUAACUGGUGGUUAUCGGUUGGCGCUAUGGCCGUCCUGGUUGGUGUUGUAUCCGCAGAUCUUAUCUCUAGACAACGUGGUAUUAAUCCUAUCUCUGAAACUGUUCGUAAACGUUUAUAUAACUCCGGUCUAUUCUUUUUAACUGCUUGGUUUUUACAUUAUGCGCCAUUUUACUUAAUGGGUCGAUCGCUGUUUCUUCAUCAUUAUCUUCCCGCAGUGAUCUGUAGUUAUCUAGUGACAGCAACAGUUUUUAACUUUAUGUUUACAGAUUCUGUAAAUUCUCCAAUUUCAAUUGCUGGGCCAGACAAGACUCUUCGAACUGGACUUGCAUCACGUGCUGUUGUUAAAGAUGUAUCAGUAAUCACUUGUAUUAUAAUUUUAAUUAUAUCUGGAUGUGUCUGUUAUUAUUUCUUACCUCUUACUUAUGGUACUCCCGG